AUGGCAUCUGUCAAUACUGGUCCAGUUGCCGGCUUGCCUGAGAGUCACCGAAACUCUCCCCUUGCGCCCUCACAGGAGAUGGCAUAUCGUCAAAAAUGCAUAGACCUCAAACGGCGCCUCUCCGAGAUCGAAACCAACAACGACAACCUCCAUCAAAAGUUGAAGCGAGAGAGGCGCUUCCAGGAUAAGAUGCGCUUGAAUCGUGCGAUACUGCUAAAUCAUAUGAAAGAGCUGGUGGAGAACCCCAUGAAGCGCCUCGGUCCAGGCGAGAUGACCGAGAUGACCGAGAUGACCGCACAGUCGCGUGGUCGAAUGACAGCAGUGCAAGACAACAAAGGCAACAGCUUCGCGUUCGAUGAUAGCAGCGAGAUGAGCUCCAGCGAUGAAGUUCAGGAGCCAGAUGAGCGACCCCUGCGCAUCAAGCGUGCCCGUGAUGGGACACCUCGAACAUCGACGCCAGUAAAGCCUACCAGUGCUUCCGAGACUCCCUUAGCUGCUACCUCUAUCGCCAUGCCGGCAUAUCAUAGCUCUGGCCUGCCUCACAUCAUGCCAGCCAAUACCUUCUCACCCGCUGCUUCAGUGCAGAAUCUCGACCCACACACUUCCCUAACCCGUGUCACCUCGUCCACCUCCAAUCCUACACCCGUCCCGCUGCAACCUCAUCCUGCUCCGCAUCAAGCCCACCACCAUACACCUACCCCUAUACACCAGACGACUACCCCAGCGCUGCUACCGUCUGCAGCUGUAGACGCUUCUCUGCCUCCGCCGCCCUCGCGACCUACUCCACCGUUCGACCAAUUUACAGCACAUCUUGUACCACAGCUUCAGGCGGAUAACAUUCCACCAGCAGAGAUUGGACCGAAGAUCAGAGAGACAUGGAAUGAGAUCGGAGAGGGGGGUCAGGAACCGUGGCAGCGGAAGUACAGGGAGGAAAUGAUGACUUAUGAGAGAACAAUGGACGAACGGAAGAGAGCGCAGAGGGAGGGCAGCAGGGGCACCAAGUUCGUCAAUGGAAGUGGAGGUGGUUUUUCUGCUGUCAACCGAUGA